GGUGUGUACCGGGUGUCAGAGAUCCAGGUCACUAAUAGGAAUGUAGAUAUGGAGUGGUUGGAUGGCACUGAAAUACACAUCGGGAAUUCACUGGGGAACAACGGCAACGACAACCCAAGGUGAUUCACUGGUGUCACCGACACCUACCCUACUUCCACCAAACAUACUGUUUGACUCCAAGCCCAAAUAUUCCUGGUUUGAUCCCUAAUGACCUAGACGCUCUUUUAAGUGCUUCCUGGCUCUUCUCCUCAGGUGUGCCAUCAUCAACCAUGACCCAGGCUGCUUGACUCAGACUGUCAAAUGUUGGGGCAUGGAAGGACGAUUUAUCAACUUCUACAAGUCCUCUGAUCAAGCAGGCUACCUGCAGUUGUGUGAGGUCAAAGUGUACGGAGAGCCGGCUGCACCCUCCAUGAGCCUUCAGGAGAUGGGGAGGAACAUCACUCUGGUGAGGACGCGGCUGUGCUGGUCAGACGCCCUGCUCUACUGCAGAGACUCUCACUGGGACCUGCUGAGCCUCAUGGGCCCAGAAGACCAGGAGAUGGUUGAUGAGCUGGUGGCUCGCACCCCCUUCCCACUAACCAGCCACCUCUGGGUGGGCCUGCGCAGGUCCCUUUCAGGAAGCUCCUGGUUCUGGAUGUCCGGUGACCCGAUGAACUUCACCCAAUGGGACGAGGGCUCACACCAUCCCAGCCCCUGUGGGGGCGUGUCCAGUGUGGAACCUUUCACAUGGAGGCAACGCUCCUGUGAAGAACAUCUUAACUUCAUCUGUUUCACAGAUCCGACAGAAGGAUCGAAGAAGUUGCACUUCUACAGUUCCACAAGAGAGAAUCAAAUUCGCUGCACCUAACUUGGCCUCACUGGAGAUUCAAGCUGCUGAUUCCGAAGAAGUCCUAAGUUCCUGAAUGCUGUACCUCAGAGUGUGUCUUUGGUAGCUAGCUUGUUCCUCAUCCACAUUUUGUGCUAGAGCGGCAUAUAGAAUACAUUUACUUUAGUAUAUGAUCAUAUUCAUAUCAUAAUCAUAUAAUUCAUAUAUUUAUAUUCUCUUUAUAAUCGAUGAACUUAUUUUUGAUCAGAGGUAGUCUCAUGCAUCUAUCCUUUGAUUUGCAAUAUGGAGAUUGUGUGUUCAAGAUGGAAUCAAAAGACUAGAAAAAUAAUCUGUGGGCCUUUAGCUCUCUGUCUGGUUUAGCUGACUCAGAAACUGUAUCCAAACGGUAGGGUUUUAUCUAGGGAUGUGUUUUUUAAUAAUGUUAACUCUUUUUCUAUAGAUGUGAAUGUGCAGUUUUGUUUUUUUUGCAUAUAAAUGUAAAGUAGCUAAAGUUUGCUUCGUACUGUGAUCCUAAUAUCAGUUACCCGGAGACUAAUUUGACUGUAUAAAUAAAUGACCGCUGUGGGUAGCCCAUCCAGACAGCCCUGCAACACACGGCCAGUCAAGGCAGCAGCUCAGGCCUCUGGUCUCCAGCAUGGAGGGGGGGAGGUGGCUUAGAGGUCACAUUGGGCUGGUGUGGGGACAGUGGGGCUGUUUUGGGGGGUCUACAUUUUCCUAUUAUUGGGGGCCAAGCAGCGAAGCUGCGAGACAACCAUUGUUAUUCUACGUUUUCCUAUUAUUAUCGCUCACAGCUAUUUCGGGGUCGCUGGCUCAAGAGCUCUAGCGCCACCAACAGGUGCAAGUUGUACAUGCAUUCAUGUUUAUAACUUUUGACCCAUUCAUCCAAUAUUCACAAACAAGGUAUCAUUGGAAUCCUUUGGCCAAAUGUUGUCCAAUCAUCUCGAAACUUGGCACAGAUGAUCUUCAGGCCAUGCUUGAGAAAAAUCAUCGAAUGGAUUUUUCAAAUUGAAAAUGUAUUGAAAAAUUUGACCGCAAAGCCACCAAACAUUGACAUAUCAUAACCAAACAUGGUACAUAGACCCAUGACAUCAUCAUGGGGACACUCAACGAAUUGGGUGACCUUUGACCUAUCGGGGGCGCUGUAAUUAAUGAAGAUGUGUUUUAAGAUGUGUUUUAACCAACUUAUUUUCACUGUCUGGUCAUACUGUCAGACCUCUUCAUUUGGCUAAUAAAUUAUUUCUAAUGGAAACAUAAGAAUUUGGCCACCAUGUUGAAAGUUGUGAAAUUCAAUAGUACAUAUCCACAGGCAACAAAUUCUGUCCAAUCUUCAUGAAGCAUACAAUAAAUGAUCUUCGGACAAAGCUGAAAAAAUUUGUUAAACGGCUUUUUCAAAUUCAAAUCCGUUUGGCCGUGACAGCCAAUCAACCUUGACGGCGAAGCUGCCGAACAGGAAGUAAGCCUGUUCUCAGCAACUCUUUUACAUAUCAUAGCCAAACUUGGUACAUAGACUCAUGACAUCAUUCUUGGGACACCCAAACAAUUUGGUGGCCUUUGACGUCAGGGGGACGUCAAACAGGAAGUGAGCUUAUAUCUCUGCAAGGCCUACAUGUAUCCAAACCAAACUUGGCUCAUAGUCUUAUGCACACCUAUCCUGAUGAUGCCCGAAUAAUUUGGCAUCAUCAACGCCUAGGGGGGCGUUGUUAGCAGCAACUCUAUUCCGACCCUUAGAAAGCAACUUCAAUGUAUUUUCCUUGUGAAAACCAUUUGCCAAUAUCUUUCAUUGUAGGUGAAAUUACUGAGUCAUCAUGUAGCCACCUGACCGAUUAUGUCUGUGCAGAAAAAUUUGUUUAUGGAGUCCUAUUCUGCUUGCCCACCACAUUGCUGCUCGCAGCUAUAUUAUGGGGUCAAGCAGCGAAGUUGCGAGACAAUCAUUGUUAUUCUACGUAUUCCUAUUAUUAUUUUCCUGCCAUGGGAG